AGAAAUUUAAAGAAUGGGAAAACAGAAGGAUCACAGUUUCCAAUGAGAGUAUGCCACGUGACAAAUCCACGUAGACGUCGCGAAACUUCUAACACAAACACGUCAAAGAGUCAAAAGAGACGAUAUAAAAUCUACCUUAAUCGCUAUUUGGAGGAUAAUUAAUUGAUCUCUGGAGAUUUGCUGUUGACGAAUAAGAAGAAGAACCCAGAAUUCUACUUUAAUGGCGUACGUCGAAGGAGGUGUGGUUAAAGCGAAGAGGCCAAUAUGGAGACUAAGGACGAUCAAAGAUUUCUUCUUGUCCAUCAUUAAUCUAAUACAAGUCUUCUUUGUAACCAUGUUUUCGAUGGAGAAAUCAGAUGCAUACAGGAAAGGCUCUAAGCCUAAUAAGAAGUGGGGUGGUGGCAUGGGUGGCGGUGGUGGUGGAGGCGGAGGCAGUGGCGGUGGUGGUGGUGGUAGGGGUGGUGGACCUCCUCGUGGGGGCCUCGACAAUGUUCGUGGUUUGAAUGAUAUCCGUGGAGCUGACCACAAUUCCCUACCUGCAUGUGGCUCGUGCUGUGGCUAAUCCUUGUUUGUGUGGACAGUGGAGCGCCCAAGAAUAAACGAAGGGAUAUAUCAUAUAUUUACAUAUUACUUAGUGUUGAAAACGAUGCUUUUGGAAUAUGAAAAAUCAAAGGAACAAUGAUUCUGGUGUAUUUUGUAAUUGGGUCUAAUCAAAGCUUUUUGUAUUUAGAUACUGAGAACGUUUGAAGUCUGAAAUUCACCUAUAAUAGAUGUGUCAAUUCGAAUUCGAAACCUGUGAAUAAAGCAUAAAUGCUGUGUCAGUC